AUGAAGUCUUCCUUCUCCCUCCUCAGCAUCGCCCUCGUGGCUGUUGGCACUUGCUCAGCCCAAUCUGCCACCACGACUAUCACCGUCUCUCCUGGCUGCCCCUCCGCAGCUCCCGAUGUCAUGGUAACUCGAUCUGGCGUCGCGGCCCCCUCUUGCGCUGCAGGCAACGGAACGAAACCGAUGAUUGUUAGCAUGUCGACAGGUACAGGUAGCGCGGCCCAGUUCACUGGCGCUGCCAGCCACGGAAGCGGUGUCGAGAUGGGACUAUUGGGCUUUGCCGCUCUUGCUCUCGUGCUUUGA